AUGUCAUCUGCACCAGCCACCCACAACUACACAGACACUGCCCACAGACUUAUCCACCAAUCAAAGCGCUCUAUUCUCACAUCCUCGCUCUACAACUACGACGACGCGUCCAUCCGCGAGAUCACGCGCGAGUGUCGCUACUUGAAUGGCCAGAUAAACAGCGCGAUUGAUGCACUCAGCAAUCUCACUGAACACUCUUUACUAGACACCGACAAGCCCUCACUCGCACAGCUCACCAUCCUCACUCUUAGUGCUCAGCGUAACAAACGGUGUCUUCUCGCAUACCACCACCACCGCCUGUCCAAGCUAUCCACCCUCUACUGGCAGUCUGGCGCUGCACUCGCACACCUCCUCAACGAACACAACGGUAGCGGUAUACGCCAGCUGAUCAGCCCUCACGAACUCGACUACCUCCGUUCAUAUGCGUCCCUCAUCACCCAGUUCAAAUCGCCCUUUCUCGAUGUCGUCGAUAUCUCCUCUACCAGUCUCGAACCGCCGAAGGACCUGCACAUAUCAGUGCGCGUCGUCCGCGAUGCUGGUCUCAUCGAGACACACGGCGGCCCUGUCCAUUUCAAAAUUGGUCAGCGUUUCAUGGUCGCCCGCUCGGAUGUAGAGAGGUUACUCGUGCAGGGUUAUUUGGAAGAAGUCGAGUGA